AUGGAAAGGAAACGGAGACAUCCAUUCGCGCACGAAGAGCAAAGCAAACGAAAGCAUCUCUCUCUUCCUGGCGAGGCAGCAGCCAUGGCUGCUUCUGGGGGUCCCGUGCAGGAUCUCUGCGAGGAAGCCACUUGCCCCAUCUGCCUGGAGAGUUUCCGGGAUCCAGUGAUCAUCCCGGAGUGCGGGCACAACUUCUGCCGAGCCUGCCUGAUCCAGUCCUGGGGGGAAUCCGAGGGAGAGGCUUCCUGCCCUCAUUGCAGGGAAAUCCUUCAGCACAGGACCCUCAUCCCCAAUCGGCCGCUGGCAAAUGUUUUGGAAAAACUCCGUCUUCAAGGUGAAAAGGAGCCCGAAGGAAAGGGGAAGAUCUGUGAGAAGCACCAGGAGCCCCUGAAGCUCUUCUGCAAGGAGGACGAAAGCCCCAUCUGUGUGGUGUGUGACAGAUCCAAGGAGCACAAAGGCCACGAGGUGGUUCCUCUGGAGGAGGCGUCCCAGGAGUACAAGGUGAGAAAUCUCUCUGGGUUUCGUUUGGGGAUGAUGAGGGUGAAUUAGCAACAGAGAAGGGGGUCUUGCAAGAAAACGCUUUAAUGUAUUCUCCCCUCCGGCAGCCAAAGAGUCACUCGCCAGCAGGAGCUUUUGUGCAGCCUUCUAAAAACCAAACUUUGGAAACUCUGUUCAAUAAACAUUUCUUUUUUCCUUUCUGGGGAUUACAGUGCCCCUAAUGUCCCCCUGCAGGAGAAACUCACCCCCAGUUCAUCCUCUGGAAGCAGCUCCCUUAGGAAAGGGCUGGAGGGAGGAGCAAUGGAGGUGGCAGGGAAAGAAUCACAGAAUGGUGGAGUUGGAAGAGACCCUGAGGGCCAUCUAGUCCAACCCCCCGCAAUGCAGGAAUUCUGGUUAACAGCCAGACACACUGGCCCAUUGCAUCACAGGCUCCCAGGAUGACGAAGGCAAAGACCACAGUCUUUGGGGCAGGGAGCAAGCAUGUGAUUCAACUUUCCUGUUAUUAUGAAUUCCAACAGAGAAAAAAAGCAAGCAAACUUUGAUUUUGUUUUGUUUUCAGGAUCAGAUCAGCACCUGCCUAGACAACAUGAAGAAGGAGAGAGAAAAAUUUCUGGUGUUUAAAGCAGAUGCAGAAAAGGAAAGUCAAGACCUGCUUGUAAGCAUAAUUGUUUCUUUUAAGGUCUUGGGGGGGGGCAAUGAAUGUGGAAUACAGAAAGUGGUUUCUUUUUGAACAGCCCUAUCUCCCACAGAGCAUGAAAGACCAUUUAAAGGAGCGGGUGGGCUUGUAAGUUUUUAUGGAGUUCUUUCUCUGCUGAACAUGUCAGAAGUGGCCUUCCAAGGGAAUUGGGAUAACUGGCCUCCUCAUCCUUUAACAGGAGGCUAGAUGCCUGAUAUUGGCCCACUGUUCGCUUCUUUCAACCUCUUUGCUGCAGAAACAAACAGUUGCAGAGAGGGAAAAGAUGGUGGCUGAGAUCAGGCGACUGCACCAGUUUCUGGAAGAACAAGAGAAACGUAUUCUGGCCCAGAUGGCAGAGGUGGAGAAGGAGAUUGCAGCCAAAAGGGAGGAGCAGCUGGCCAGACUCUCCAGGGAACUCUCCUCUCUUGACAGCCUCAUCCGGGAGAUGGAGGAGAAGCUUCAGGAACCAGAGAGUGAACUCCUUCAGGUGAGGCCUCAUCCUAAUGCGAGAGGGUGGAGUGUGCUGUUUCAGACUACAGGCAUUUCUUAGUUACAUAAAAUUGUUGCUGGAAGGAAAACAGUACAUGAAGGGUGAAAGGCGUCAUUCCUGGGGACGCAGAAGGGAGUCUGCUAGAUCAAACCAAAGGCCCCUUCAUUCUAGCAUCAUGUUCUCUCAUUGGCCAACCAGAGGUCUCUGAGAAGCCUAAACAGUAGUGCUCUCUAAUCCUGUGAUCCCCAGCAGUUGCCACUCAGCUGCUUAGGAUUUAUAACUGACUGCAGAAACGGCUCCACUGACAUCUUUAUUUCUUUCCUUCCAGGAUAUUGGAAGCUUCUUGCAGAGGUAAGUGAUGGAAAAACCCCUGCCUUAUUCUGAUGCUAUUGGUCUCAUCAAGAAUCAUAUCAAGGAAGCUAUUCCUUCUUCCCCCCCAUUACAUACUUCUCCCUUUUCCCUGAUGGAUUCAUUUCCUCUGCAAUAGAUACAGAAAAGGGAGACAUUCCAAAGGGGCUUCACUAUAACUUACCCUUAAAUAUCCAGUGUAUUUCUGGCUUCUGCAGGUUCUUCCUCAGACAUAAGAAGGUGAGAAAGGGCCCUGCUGGAUCCGGCCAGUGAAAUUCCCCCCCCCAAAAAAGCCAUGUGUUCUCUGAUUUUAUGAGGAAUAUGUAUCAACCACCAAACAAUAAUACUUUAGCAGUAUAUAAUGAUUUUAAAAAAUUGCAAGUAAAAAGAGAGAAAACACUUCCCCCACACCAAAAGAUAAAAAAUAAUAAAAUUCCAUGGUUCAUGUUAAUUUAAACUCCUGUUUAAACGGCAAGCAGCCAGUGACCCAUCUAGUCCACCAUCCUCUUUUCACAGUGCUUAACCAGAAGCCUGUGGGAAACCCGUGAUCAGGAUCCGAGCCCCAGAGGAGAAAACACAGCUUUAAUUUCUAAUAGUUCUCUCCGCUUUAAAUAUAACCACUGGGCUACAAUAUAUUAAUAAUUUUAAUCAUUUGGAAUGCUUCACUGGUGUAGUCCUAAAAUCUCUGCAUAAGGACCCAUUAUUGUUCACCUUUCUUCAAAAAAAUGAUAUGCAUAUAUCAGCUUAUUUCCCUUCAAUCUCAUAUUCAUAUAUUUAUUCCCAUGUAUUAUGGAAGCAGGUGUGUAUCGGUUUUUCUUCAACUUCUUCAAUGCUUUUAGAUCCACACGUCAACAAAAUGCUCCCUUUUGCCAACUCUGCUCCCAAGUCUUCAUGAUAUAUAUCCAUCAUGCCUUUAUCAUCAGGAUGAGACACCUGCCUUGUCAGAAAGCUUCUUGCAUUGGAAGGAUGGAGGGUUGACUUUGUUCUUCUGCUCCCAGGUCUCAGAAGAAGGAGAACUUAGAGGAUCCUCCUGUGGCUUUUCAAAGGGGCAUUGUGACAUUCCAAAGGGGCUUCAGUAUAACUUACCCUUAAAUAUCCAGUGUCUUUCUGUCUCCUGCAGGUUCUUCCUCAUAUGUAAGAAUGUGAAAAAGGGCCCUGCUGGAUCAGGCCAGUGGCCCAUCUAGUCCACCAUCCUCUUUUCACAGUGCUUAACCAGAAGCCUGUGGGAAACCCGUGAUCAGGAUCCGAGCCCCAGAGGACACUCCCCUCCUGUGCUUCAGAGGCACCACUGCCUUUGACCCAGGCAUCGUGAAUAGUGGCUGCUGAGAGCCUUGUCCCCAAACAGCUUCAUAUUUUGAAAAUCUUCCAUGCUGAGAAAAUACAGCUUUAAUUUCUCUACUUUCAUUUGAAAUGCUUCACCAAAAUUGGUGUAGUCCUAAAAUGUCUGCAUAAGGACCCAUUAUUGUUUACUUUUCUUCAAAAGAAUAAUUUGCAUAUAUCAGCUUCUUUACCUUUAAUCUCAUCUUCAAAUAUUUCCUGCCAUGUAUUAUGGAAGCAGGUGUGUGUCGGUUUUCCUUCAACUUGUUAGGUGGUCUCUAGAUCCACACGUCAUCCAGAUGCUCUCUUUUGCCAUAGAACUCUGCUCUCAAUUCUUCAUGAUAGAUCCAUGAUGCCUUCAUCAUCAGGAUGAGCCUUGUCAGAAAGCUCCUUGCGUUGGAAGGAUGGUGACUUUGUUCUUCUCCUCCAGGUCUCAGGAGAAGGAGAACUUAGAGGAUCCUCCUGUGGCUUUUCCUCCUGCGCUGAAGUGGAGGAUCUGGGACGUCUGUGAUAUGAGUCUCUUCCUGGAGGGAGUUAUGAAGAAAUUCAGAGGUCAUAAAGAAGGGCUGAAAAUAUUUUAUACUGGAUAUUUGAAAUUGUUCAUGAAAGGCUCCAAGUCAUUAGCAGUGCCAGGAAAAUGACAGGGGUGACCUGGGGUGAUUAUGCACAAUCCCCAGGAAUGUAAGCCUCCCUCAAGUGGUGAGUUUCUGUAAAAAGUUGUACUUGACCUCUGCACAUCUCUCAGCCAGACUUUGGGUGCUUUCACACAUCUCACUUUUGGGGCAUUUCUCCUGUUCCUUUGGCCCUGAGAUUGAUGUAAGGGGUGCAGGAGGGAGGGGGGCUGUCCAGGAACCAGCCAGGAGCAGAGGGGACUGGGGCUGAGGCCUCCCGUCCUGGAACAGGGGUGUCUGGACCUUGUUGUUGAUGGGGAGAUCUUCUGGGGGUCUUGCUCCUCCUCCCAAGAUUUGGGCAGGACUGACCUUUGAUAUCACCCCUGCCCUGGUUAUGCAGGGAUAGCCAGUAUGGAGACCUUCAAAUAGUUUUAACUUCAACUCCCAUAAUCUCCAGCCGGCGUGGCCAGUGGUUAGGGAUGAUGGGACUUGUAGUCCACAACACCUGGCUACUAUCUCAUGAGCUCAUUUUGUUCAUUCCAGGUUUGUUGUUUGAAUGAUGUUGUGGUGCUAAUUCUAUGUUCUCUUUUCUCUCCCAGACACUGUGGAAUAUGGACUGCAGCUGCGAAAAGGUACAUUUCCGGGUCAAGCAGAGACACUAAUUCAGGAGAGAUGGGAUCUACUUCUCAAAAGACCAGGCCGCUGCAGCUCUUCCAUCCAUGCCUUAUUUCCCCUUAUUUCCCAGAGGCAUCUGUUCCGUGAGAGCAGCUUGCUGGGCUAGAGGGGUUCUUGGCCUGAUCCUGCAGACUCUUAGGAAGCCCCCAGCCCAGGAUGGCUGGCUUUUCUGUGCCAAAUCUCCAUAAGACACAGGGGUGGUGUGAAGCCAAAGGCUCCCGGCACAUGAGGGGGAAAUAUCCCUUUGAGCCAUACAGGGUCCCCACCCCUUUUAUGUAAGAGUGGGAAAUGCAUGAACACAAAUAGCUCAGAAAAUGGCUGCAACAGCCUUUGGGGGCGAGAAAUUAAACGGGUUCUGGUGUCAGUGGAGGGAGCUGGGGGCUGCCUGAGUGUGAACUCCAGUGGUUCAGCGUCCCUGCAAGAUGGGGGUCUUGUAUUGGAGGGGAGACAUGGCUUCUCUGCUUAAACUAGAGAAACCUGAAUAAACUUAAAAGAGCAGGGCAGAAUUGCACCACAGACCAGGGGAAAAGGCUCUGUGGGAAGACAGAAGUCUAGUCUGGCCUGAUCCUGGACACCACAAAAAGGGAAUCAUAAGAGCUGGAAAAGGUGCUGUAGAUGGCAGCAUAAAGGAAACUCUUACUAUCUUUUAAAAAAAAUUCUGGGAUUCUUCUAGACAACAGCAGUGAGUAAAAUGCAUAAAGGUUAAUCAAGACAAUAAGAAACAAGAAAAACCCAUUACAUAAAAAAAAGACUAAUAGCAGCACUGGCAACAUCCCACAUCAGACUUAAUCUCCAAAGGCCACUGUGCAAAUGUGUGUCUGUAAAAAGAAAUCACUUGACUAACCGGGGUGGGGGGGUGGGGGAACGACGGCACUUCAGAGCAGAUCUUCUUUCUAAUGUCCACCAGCCUGACCAAGUUUAAAUAGGCUUCUCAUUGUGCUUCUACAGCCCACUUUUCCCAUAAAUGUGAGGAACAGGGAAGAAAAAGAUGAAUCAUAUAGCCAAUCAGGUCUGGGGAGACAGGAUGGGGUCUUUGCGUUGAAGGUGACAGGUGGGAAUGGCACUUCCUAGGUUUUACUGGGUUUGGCUUUAACACACACACACACACAAAAUGUAAUAGAUGUCAAUUUGAAAGAAAGAAUUAUCCAUUUUCAGCAUCGCUCUUACCAAACCGAAAGCGAUAAUCAAGUUAGUUCUUGGCUGACUGCUCAUACUUUGACCAAAGGCCCACACUGCAGAACAUGGGAGGGAGUCCCUCAGAAGGUGGUGGACUCUCCUUCCUUGGAGGUUUUUAAGCAGAGGUUGGGUGGCCCCCUGUGGUGGGUGCUUUAAUUCAGAUUUCUGCAUUGCAGGGGGUUGGACUAGAUGACCCUUGGGGUCCCUCCCAACUCUACAAUCAUACGAUGGGCUUUCAAGAAUCCCAAGCAGGACAUUUCACACAAGGGGGUUCCUGGUAGCCUAACCACUUUCUUGCUUUUUCUAAACUACCUGGAAGGAUUAAACAUUAAACUGGUUAGAAAAGAGCGAGAGCAUUUGCUGCCAGUUUUACCUGGUAUGUCAAGCAUGGUCUGUGAUGUGAAGUAGAAGAUUAAGAUGUGAAUUAGGGAGUCCCUGCUUUGACUCCCUUCUGCCAUGAACUGUCGGGGUGGGGGUGGCCUUAGACAAGCCACUGCCUCUCAGCCUCAGUUUUCCCAUCUGAAAAAUGGGCAUAGUAAGAUUGACUCAACUUACAGGGUCUUUGCAACGGUUCUAUGCAGAUAAUGUGUGCUAAGUACUUCAUACCCUUGGAAGAACUGCAGAUGUUUCAAGAAGCAUUUUUAAGAACUUGAUGGACAUCCCUGUCUCCAAUGCAAAGCCAUGGAGUCCCUGUUCAUUUCAGAGGGGAUGCUAUUUCUGUCAUGUGCCUAAAGAAAAGUCAGCUUUUCAGUUGAGGUCGUUUCUCUUCUCUUUCCUCAUCUGCCCCCACAGAAAAUGUAACUUUGGAUCCAGACACAGCAAAUCCCUACCUCAUCCUGUCUGAGGAUCGAAAGAGUGUGAGAGAGGGAGACUUCUAUCAAGACCUGCCAGACAACCCUGAGAGAUUUGACACACAUGGCUUUGUGCUGGGAUGUGAGGGUUUUACAUCAGGCAGACAUUUCUGGGAGGUCACUGUGGGAAGAGAGGAGGGGUGGGGGGUGGGGGUUGCCAGAAAGUCUGUGAAGAGGAAGGGUGUUGUGUCUUUUGAUGCUACGGAGGGGAUCUGGUGUUUCGGGAACUGGGUCUUUGGGUACGACCCCCUUGAGGCCCCUGUUCCAAGUGAGGAGCCCAAGAGGAUCCGAGUGGCCCUGAACUGUGAGGGGGGACAGAUGUCCUUUUACGAUGCUGAUACAGCAGCCCUCCUCUACACGUUCCCUGCAGCCUCCUUCUCAAGAGAGACCCUCCAGCCCUUGUUUUACGUGAGGAAGAACGAGAACCUGAGACUCUCUUGA